GGAUCUGUUGAUUUUUAUAAAUACUGGACUGACUACGAGAAUGGAUUUGGUAACCUUACUGGUGAGUUUUGGUUAGGACUGAACAAGAUAUGGCGACUUACUAAUAAAAGAGCAAACACACUAAGAGUGGACCUGGGAGACUUUGAUGGAAGCACAGCUUAUGCUAACUACUCUACAUUCAGCAUUAGUGAUGGUAGCACUGAAUAUAUACUAACAGUAGGAGGAUUUAACUCUGGUACUGCUUGGGAUAGUUUGUCUGAGCAGCAUAAUGGAAGGAAAUUCAGUACAAGAGAUAAAGAUAAUGAUGGUUAUGACUGUGCUAAGCAGUGCACUGGUGCCUGGUGGUACAAUCACUGCUUUUACUCUAAUCUUAAUGGACAAUAUUUCAGUACUUCAAAUCAUCUGCAAGGAAUCAUUUGGACCUCUUGGGAACCAACAAAUCUCAAGUUUACUGAGAUGAAAAUUCGUCGUAAUAAUUAAUACUGUCCCCUUUAUAACAAUCAUAAAGUUUGGAGCAUAUUUUUGCUGUUUUUGCUCAUGAGUACUCAUAGAUAUGCUACAACUCUAUACAUUUUGAAAAAGCCAAUUAAAGAGACAAUUUUUUAGGUUUAAAAUGUGGGGCUGCCUUAUUUGCAAGCAAAGGAAGAUGAAUGGGUACUGGCAUGUUGCUUAAUUAUGUGUAAUAGCUAAUGUGUGUGGGCGUUGUAUACAGUAUAGCUGAGUUAGCAUUAUUUGCAACAAAUUAGGGUGGGGCUGACUGGUAAAGAAAUUUUCUAGGUUUGUGCAUUCAUAUUAAUCAAGAUGAUGUUAGCUGGUAAACUGAUGUACAGUUUAAUGAUAUUAAUUGUUAUUAUUAAUACUGUCAAUGGAAAUUCCUGGCCUGAUGAUAAGAAGGAGACAACUUCCCCAGUUGUUAUCAUUGCUAACACUAGUGUUAAUGCUACACCAGAAUGUGUAGUACCUACUGAUUGUAAAGCUUGGAAAGAACUGGGAGUUAAACAAAAUGGAGUAUAUCCUAUCAAACCAGAUAAUGGACCAGCUUUCCAAGUAUACUGUGAUAUGGAGACUGAUGGUGGUGGAUGGACUGUAUUUCAGAGGAGACAAGAUGGAUCUGUUGAUUUCUAUAAAUACUGGACUGACUACGAGAAUGGAUUUGGUGACCUUACUGGUGAGGUUUGGUUAGGAUUGAGCAAGAUUUAUCGUCUUACUAAAGAAGGAUCAAACACACUAAGAGUGGACCUGGAAGACUUUGAAGGGAACACAGCUUAUGCUAACUACUCUACAUUCAGUAUCAGUAAUGCUAGCACUGACUUUAUACUAAAGGUAGGAGACUAUAACUCUGGCUCUGCUGAGGAUAGUAUGACUGGUCAUAAUGGAAGGAAAUUCAGUACAAGAGAUAGAGACAAUGAUGGCAAUGAUUGUGCUCAGACUUUCACUGGUGCUUGGUGGUACACUAGGUGCUAUUUUUCAAAUCUUAAUGGUCAAUAUUUUAAUUCUUCAACUACAAAUCGACAAGGAAUCAUUUGGGUUACUUGGAGACUAAUCACUCUUAAAUUUACUGAAAUGAAAUCUCGUUGAAAUAAUGAUAACAAUGAAACAUUGUCCCCUUUUGACUGAUGUAGCUUAUAGUAUGCUGUAUUGAGUUGUACAUGUAUUUUUGUUGUUAAUUUUAUGUUCAACUGUUCUGUUGCAAGUUACACUUUUCCAUUCUCUUUCCUUAAAUUUGUUUCCUGCAACUCUAUGCAGCCAAUAUUA